UGAGUAAUUCUCGUAAAAGUAGAAUGGUCUUAUUGGAUACGCAAGAAUAGGCACCAGAGAGCUGAAUGGUGAAUUGAAAGCAUUUUUACUCGUGUUAGAUAUUUUAACAUAAAUACUAUCAGUGGAAUUAUUUAGAAGCUUCCAAUAGUAAUUCAUCGUGAUACACUUAUAGACAUUGAAAAUUUUUAAUAAUGCAGGAUCCUAAUGAAGACACUGAAUGGAAUGAUGUCCUUCGUGCUAAGGGAAUUCUUCCGCCGAAGAAGGAAAAGGAAAUUACCGAAGAUGACAUUAUCGGUAUGAUAGAAAACACGAUCGAGGAAAAACAGAAUGGCAGUAAAGAUUUAUCCAAACUUGACCUGGACGAAUUGGACGAACUGGAAGAUUCAGAAGAUGAAGCUGUUCUGCUCGAAUACCGUCGCAAGCGAAUGGCCGAAAUACAGGCUUUGGCACAGAAAGCAAAGUUCGGAAGUGUUAUCGAAAUAUCCGGCCAGGACUAUGUGAACGAGGUAACCAAAGCUGGCUCGGAAAUUUACGUUGUGUUGCAUCUGUACAGCAGGGGCGUUCCAUUUUGCUCCCUGAUAAAUCAGCACCUGUCGCAGUUGGCCCCCCUUUUUCCAGCGACGAAAUUUGUGCGCGCAAUUGCCACCACGUGCAUUCCGAACUAUCCCGAACGCAAUCUUCCAACGAUCUUCAUCUACUACGAAGGACAGCUCAAGAAACAGUUCGUAGGGCCGAUAGAGCUAGGUGGACCGAAUCUGACGUGCGAAGAGCUAGAGUACAUGCUGGGACAGGCGAAGGCAAUCGAAAGUAGCAUCACCGAGGAUCCUCGGAAGGCUAGAGCAGUGAAAGAUAAGAUGUUUGCGGAACUAUCCGAUGCCAACGAUUGGUGAAAUGGUGCAUGUUGACACACUAAUUUAUAAAAAUUUGAGAAUAAAUUUACUCCUUGAUUUUUAAAGGACCACACA